CCGUCGAGUGGGUGGUGGCAGGGCUGGGAAGGGGCUGUGCCAGCUCCAAAGCUCUUCCCAAAGAAGCCAGCUUGUGAAGCUAAACUGCCUUUGCUGCACCCAGCAAGGUGACGGCAGUAACAGCAGCGAAUUGGGGGGGCGGUUCGGCUGACAUGGAGGGACUCGUCCCCAGCCAGGACACCACGCUGAUGGACACAGAGCCCUCCAACACCAUCAAACUGCUGCACCUGGUUUUCCUCUCCACCUACUGGGGAAUGCAGAUCUGGGUGACCUUCGUGGCAGGGUUCGUGAUGGGCAGCCACCUCCCUCGCCACACUUACGGCUCCAUCCAGCGCCAGCUCUUCCCCUACUACUUCCACAUCGGCUCCACUUGCGCCUUCCUCAACCUGACUCUAUUUGCCAUGUACCACCCCAGCGAGCUGCUCAGCGACGAACAAACUACCCAGAUCAUCGUCUUCUUCGUUUGCGUCGCUGCUUCUGUGCUGAACACGCAGUGGUUCGGGCCGGUCACCUCCGGCAUCGUGGCAGACAUGCACCUCGUCGAGCGCAGCCACGGCCUCGGCCAGGAGGUCGGGCUGUCGACCAGCAAGUCCUGCAGGGAGCUGCGUGCCGCCAACCCCAGCUACAGGCAGCUGUCCCGGCAGUUCUCCCUCUACCACGCUCUGUCCUCCCUCUGCAACCUCUGCUGCGUCGCCUGCAACGGCCUGAGCUUGUACUACUUGGCUGCCCGACUCUCUGCCCUGUGAGAGCCGGGGCUGGCUGGCCAGAACCAACGCUCUGGGAAAAGGGAGGCAUCCUGCUGCCUUGUAAACUAACCCCCAGCUCUGGAGAUUAAAUUUCAGCAUCCUCAGACGAAGAUACUCUUAACUGUGUUGGCGCACGGUACA